CCUACCCGUCUUGGAUACUCCAGUUUCACUGUUGAGAAACAUCAACAUAGUAACCCGGGAAAAGCAACCUUAGAAGCGGGUAGCGACAUUUCUUUCUAGUAAUCUCAAGGCUGACGUGGAUAUUUAGUUGCCCGGACAAACACUGAGUCAACAACAAUGGGUGCAUGUUGCUAGAAAAAGUUGCUAGCUAACAUUGGUUUGCUAACGUUAGCUGGCUAACGCUAACGUUAGCAAACAGACAGCUGAACGAAACUGAAGUCUGGAGAAGUUAGGAUUUUCUUAUCAUGAGAACGUCAGCAUGAAUGUGGACAUCUAGCUAAACACGUCGGGUCGUUUCCCUAAAGGUGAACGAGAGAGAUGAGGAGCAGCAGGAGGACUGAGGUGUCUCUUAAAAGCUCUGGUCAGCAGCUUACCGAUCACAAUAUUGGUACAGAGCUGACAACUGCAUGGAAAAGUUUGUCUCAGUCCAAAGCUGCUUUGCGGCAUAUAGAAAACCGCCUAGAGGCAGCUCCAGGGACAGGGGUUCUCCUGGACUCUGUCAUGGACCCCCCAAAGAAGAAAUCCUCCAGGACGAUCCGCUGCAGGGAUGGACAACAAGCUGAUGACAGUAGAGGGUCAUCAAAGCGCAGGGGGCGAAGUCAGCAGAGUCCAGAAAAGAGCAGCUCACGUAGCCCACUGAGAAAUGCCACCCAGGACAGCAAUGUCCGCAGGAACAACAGCGUGGAGUUCAGGGAGCCACUCGUGUCCUACAGAGAGGCCACCCCUCCACCACACCCCUCCUCUCAGCUGGAGGCCUACAGUCUGCAGUCAGUGCCAGGGUCUUCAUACCCAUCCUCUCCGCCUCCCUCAGAUCCUCUGCUCAGCCAGCUGGUCUACCAGAGAGACACCAGGGACAAACAGGCGGACAGGGACCUGGACAGCACACACUCCUCGGCUCUGGAGAACACCGAGGUACGCUACCUCAAUGACCAGCCAGCCCUGGACACCCUGAGGACUAUUGGAAACCAGUCACAUCUCACAGGUGUAAGAGUUCAUGCAUGGGAAAGGACUGAGGAGAAAAGCACUCUAAAAGCACAACUUGGCAUGGAUGGCCAGGAGUCAAGCCCAUCUUUAGCUCCAGCUCCAGGCUCCAUACGCCAAGGGGAGAGCACUCCCUCCACCAGCCCUGGCUCAGCUUCCCAACGGUUGGAGAACCUAAGGCGACAUCAGCCUGAUGAUAAGCUGGAGAAGCUCAAAGAGCGUAUUCGAAGGCAGAGACAACAUCUGGAGGAGGCUGCAGAGAAAGAGAAGCUUCUGGGUUAUCUGGAACAGCCCAUUAUGGCAGCUGUGGGGAGUAACAAUGCUGGUACUAGCAACAUACCCACAGCCAUAAUACGGAAAGUAGCAGCUGCACCGCCUGCGCCUAUAUACAAAGGUUUCAACAGUACUGAGACAAAGAUCCGGACUCCCGAUGGGAGAGUUUGGAAGGAAGAAGAGUUUCAUAAUCUCAGCAAAGAAAUAUACAGUGACCUGUCACGACAGUUUGCUGAGACCACCAGAUCUAGACAUCAGCAGCAAAGGGAGCAGAGAGCAGACAGGUCGAAAGAGAGGAGGCCUCCCAAACCAGUCAGGAAGGUCCACAGAGCUGCCCCUUCCUCUGACCUAAAUGCAAAACCAGUAAUUAGCCCUGCAUCAUGGCGGGAGGGCCAGAAGCUGGUAAAGAUGGUACUGGGUCCAGUUCCCAAGCUGCCCAGGGAGGAGGACAGACCCCAGCCAGCUGACAGACUGAGCAGAACAGCUUCCCGUCACCGUUCCAGUUCAGAUCCACGCACAGAAUCAAACCCAAAGCCUCGCCCUAACGGCACAGAAAGACCUCGUAGUGGAUUUAAAUUCAAAAACCACUCCACAACCGCAUCUCCCCCCUCAUCUACAGAUCGGGAGCAGGCCCCAGUGGGUGCAAGCACAGACCUGUUGUCAGCAGACAUCAAGGGGAUACUUGAUGAUCUUCAGCUAGAGUGCAAAGCAGCUGAGAGCGAGGAGAGGGCCCGGCAAAGGUCCCGGGGUGGGAGCAGUGCUAGGAGAGGGAGAGGGGGAUCAGGGUCACGAAAAAGAACUCCAGUCUCCGUUUGGGGAACCACUGUGACAUCGGGUAGCUCCUCAAGAGGCUGCCGCAGUGUCAGCCCCACCGCACACCGACCAGAAACUACUGACUCUGGGCACAAAAAGCGACACUAUGAUGCAGACACUGUUCGCCAGUACAUUUCCAGGCAACAAGAGGAGAGAAAGAGGCGUCAAGCAGAAGAGAAGAGGGCACUUAAGGAGGAGGCAGAAAGGAGAAACCAGAGAUUGCAGGAGCUCUACAGGAAGCAAAGAGAAGUAGCUAAAACAGUGGCCCUUCCCAGCGAGGCGCCUGUGGCCCCAGUACAGAAGCGACUACAGGAAACCUACAACAAACUGCUGCUGGAGGAAGCCCAGCUGGGCGAGGAGGCCACACAGAUGCUACCUGCUGCAGCUUCUAGUCAAAUGAGACCGAUGUACCAGCCCUCAGGAGAGUCGGACAAAGAGAACAAAAGACUAGAGGCACCUCAGAGCCCCUCGAGCAGUGAUAGGUCUUUGAAUGAUCGGCCAUCUCCUCCAUUAUCCAGGAAUGAUCUGGAUAUUGGAGUUACCUCUUUGCUUCAGCCUGACCGUCUGAGCCCAGCUGUUCGACCUAUGACUGGUCCCAGCAGCAGUGCCCUAGCCCCUUUUGGUGACCAUCUACUCUCUCGGCUUCUUAGGCUGGAGACUGCGGUUGCAGCUAGUGACGUCAAGCACACCCAGCAGCCAGCCACAGCAUCUUUCAACAGGCCGCAGUCCAAGAUGUCGCGCAUUGAGGCCCUCAAGGCCACAGCUGCAUCCCUCUCCAACCGCAUAGAGAGUGAGGCACGAAAGCUUGCUGGGGAGGGGAUCAACUAUGGUACAGAAACUUCAAUGGACGUAGACACAAUUAGGCCCGCUCAAGCUAAUUUUAAUGAUGGAUGCUGGGCAGAAACAGCUGCCACAGAAAAUGAUGACGUAGCGUUGAGGAUCCAGAGAAUUUUGACUAGCGCAGGUCAUAGUUCAUACAAUGGCACAGCUCUUCCAGGAGUAGGCAAUCUGCACGCCCUCAGGGGACACAAAGAAAACAAGGGUACGCACACCAAUUUGACCCAUCCACAAACAACUUCUGUUGAUGUAACAGGGCCCGUUCUCAACAGUUAUACACACGAAAGGAGGAGGCUAGUCAAUGGUUUGGAAAAGGAUAAGAAUCGGACAGAACUCCAUGACUCAAGUGCCGGUUCCAUCAGUGAGGGUCCUCUUCUGAGCGAAGGGAGUUUUUCUGAGGAUGAUCCAAGCCCUCCUCACCCUUCCAACAAUCGUGUGCCUGUAUUGGCAGAUCGCCUGGAGGCAAUGGACUACUGCGCAGGUCAAAGAAGGGAUUACCAGCGGUUGUCAGAGUUCCAGAGGGAGGCAGCAAGGUGCUCGGCCCUCAGCCCACCCUUUGCACAGCAUGAUGGCAGCAAAGCAGCGUGGGAGGAGCUGAACAAAGGAAGCCCUUUAAGCGUUAUCAACAUUUUUACUAAGAAUCUUCAUGGCCAUGUUACAGUGAGUGAGAGGAACUCUCCCUCUGCCCAUUCUAUACACUCUGGGAAUGGCCCCGUAGACGCAGCCGUCUAUGAAGAUGACUUUGUGUCAUCACAUAGCAGCAGAGCCAGCGGCCAGUUGAGGAGAAGCUCCAAUUCACGCAGUGUGAACAGUCAUUUUGAGGAGCUGAUGAGGAGGUCUCCUUAUGACAAAAGUACAGGAGGCAUCAAUUCUCACCAUUCAUCCUUUCAGUCAUCUAGUCACUCACCGCAUCUUUCCCCUGGUUCAACAUCUGGCUCCUCACCCUUCUCCAAGCGCUCCACCAGAAAAAGAGGCACAGCAUCAGACCAGAGUGAUGCCACCCUGGUAGAAGAGCAAAGGAGCUCCUACUCACCUCCCUCAGAGACAUUAUCCUCUGACUCCAGGAAGAGGGGCUCAGACAAAAGCUCGGUCCACAGCCAGGCGAAGAGUGUCCACUCUAAUGACACUAUAGGGGAAACGUCAGGGCUUUCUCACCAAAGUAAGAAGUCUACAGCAGCCAGGCCCAAACAGUCUUCUCCAUCUGGCUCUCCAUACCCUGGAUCUCCUCCAGGAGCAGACUGCCCCAGUGAGCUUGGGAGAAGUGGCUCUCUGGAAGCAAAUUAUCCAAACACAGGCACCGCAGCUCGCAGUGGUAGAGCAGAGACCAAGACCACCGGUGAACUACAAUAUUCACCUGCCGUCUUGCAGCAGCGUAUGGCAGCAGAGCUCCAGUACCUGGAGUCCAUUGAGGAGUCAGUCCGACAGCUGGGCGACGUGGAGAGGGUGAUGGGUGUGUCCAUGGCUCAGCAGGAGAGCGUGACAUUGGCUCAGAUGCUCAAGGUCAGGCAGCAGUGCCAUGAGCGUGAUCUCUACGAGCUAAAGAUCAAGGCUGAAAGGGAAGCCCUGGAGACACAGCUACAGCUGGAGGAAAACAGGCAGAGAGUGGCCAGGGCUCAUAUAGAACUGCAGGAAAACUUGGCUGCAAAUCAAAAAGAGACCUUGGAGGGCCUCCAGGAGGCAACUACGAAGAUGAUGAGUCAACAGGCUGAGGCAGCACGGUACACAGCCGACACUGCCCGACACAUCAAAGAGAUGACAGAAUUGGCACGGUCCCAGAUAGCAGGAGCUUUGGUUGCCCCCCCUGCUGUUUCUGAUUCCUCCAUUUUGGACAAGCGGGAAGAACAGCAGAGCUCCUAUUCAAAACAGCUACAGGAAAAAAAUGACUCUGACAGCUUCCCUAGUGAGGUGUCAAGCAGAAGGACCAGGCCAGAGGAACCGCUGUCUUCGCUGAACAGCCUCAGCCACUCUGACUCUCUAUCCUUCAGAAGACCCAACCUCAGUGGACCAGACUCUAACAGCCACCAUAGCCCGUCGCAUACCUCGACAGACCCCAGAGAAUGGACAAAAAAAGAAGCAGUAGAGGGGAAAUUGAGGAAGGGGGGAGCUAAAGAGAGGACGGAGAGGGAAGCAGGCAGCAACUCCAUAGAGGAGGAAGUUCUUACAGCAGCAAAUGAUUCCCUCUGCAGUGACAGCAUCCCCUCUGUAGUGGAUGAGAAAGGAGAUAGUACGUCAGUGGCAACGGAGUACUCUCUCAAGUUUGAUGAGUCCAUGACGGAGGAUGAGAUAGAAGAGCGCUCCUUCCGCUCUCUGCUGCCAUCUGAGGCUCACCGCCGUGGAACUAUGGAGAAGAAGUCCCGCCACCAUGAGGAAUCAGAGGAUGAUGGAGCCAAUCACGACACAACAUUGGUUUCAGGGGCACACAAUAUCUUAAAGUCUCAGGAUGCAAACAUGGCCUUUUCUAGCGGACAGGAUAGCUUUUCCCAGUUCACGAUGGACAUGGUGCGUCAGUACAUGAAGGACGAGGAGGUAAGACUGCAGCACCAGAGCUCUCUGCUGCAUCUUCGCCAGAAAGCUGUCAAAGAGAAGACCAGAACUGAGCUAGCCUGGCUAGAGCACCAGAAAAAGAGGCUAAGGGACAAGGGAGAAGAUGACAAAAUGCCACCCAUCAGGAAGAAACAGAGGGGCCUUCUGAUGAAACUACAGCAGGAACAGGCUGAGAUCAAACGACUUCAGGAGGCCAACAAAGCAGCCAGGAAGGAAAGGCAGCUGUUGCUGAAGCAGCAGGAGGAGAUUGAGCGGAUGAGAAACUCUACAUUCAGACUUAAGGAACGUCUCAAGUGUGCUGGGGGUGAAACGCCACCUGAGACUCCUGUGUCAGAAACCCCUGUGUCCGAGGCAGCCUCUUCCAACAUGAGACAUGCUGAAGAUAUCCGCAGCCCCUCUCCCUCGCUCUCCGUCUCUGGAAGUGAGACCAGCAGCAUCAUGCAGAAGCUCAAGAAGAUGCGCUCUCACAUGGAUGAGAAGUUUCUGACAAAGCGGGAGCAGCAGCUUAUGCAAAGGCGUCACCAUGCCGAGGAGCUGCUGCAGUGGAAACAGCGUCUGGACCAGGAGGAGGCAGAGGUCCGUAGGAUGGAAAAGGAGGCCCUGGCUGUUUGGGACAGACAAACACCUCGGAACACGGCAGAGGGUCAGGAAAAGGAGCUCCCCGACAUUAGCCCCAGCCCCAGUCACCAUCGAAGCUCAGAGCCCAGAACUGACAGUGAGAAAGACUAUGUGAGUGAAGGCGACUGUUCCUCAACGACACCUGAGUCCAGUAUACACACAGAGGGACUGGGGUCCCAGCAACCCGGAAGCCCAUCUUCAGUACAACCUGCGUCAAUCCCUGAAACACCUUUGGCCUCUGUGCAGAGCAGCCCUGCAAAUUACACCCAGGACUUCACUUCAGCUUCCCGGUCGCCUAGCAAACAAUCUCUCCAGUCUCCACUUAAAGGCAGCCACAGCUCUACUGCCUCUCCUUCAGAUAGAAGCAGUAAAACCAAGAUGCAGCUUUGCUCCUCUUCCCGGACCGCCAAACAUGCCCACACUCAGCCAACUGAAUCCCCCGUGCCCAUGCAGACUGAACCCAUUUCAGACCAGAGUGACAUAGAGAGCCGUAUCAAGGCCCUGAAAGAAGAACUCAGAAAACGAAAGUUGAUGGCCUACCAGCUGAAGAAAGAGCAGAAGAAGAGGAACAAGGAGCGCCUGAAGGCACAGGAGGCCAGCCUACUGAAGCAACUGGAGAGCUAUAACAACUUCAUCGAGAAAACUAAGGCAGAACUGAACAAGGAGCCAGACUCAACACCUGAUACGCAAUCCCAGGUCAAAGAUUCCACUUCAAUCGCAGAGCAGUCCAGUAUUAAACCACUUUCUCACAGGUCAGAAACCAGUAAAAUCUCUGAAUCUGAAAGGACGCCAAAUGAUGCUUCAUUAGUUUGCAAUGCCCUUCCUCAACCUGAUCUUAGUAGAUCCACCUCAGUGCCUGAAGAAUUGUCUGAUAUAGACGACGCACCAACAGUCACAACAUCCCCAGUAUAUGACAGCCCAGAGUGUCCGCCCUCAGGACCGAGGAGCAGCCUGGCCAGAGGGGGUCUUUUAAGACCUUCCUCUAAGGAAGCCCAUGCACAGAUAGUUAAGUCUGGGGAUGAGAACAUUGUGUCUUAUCAAAGAUCUGACCUUCAGGAAGAGCUGGAGGUGGAAGUAAGCUCCACAUUUGAGGAUCAACAUUCUGAACGUCUUCUCAAACUAGACAAAGAAGACAGACUUGAAUCCCAAGAGAAGCUGUCUGCAUCUAACCAUGUUUCUUCUUCCAUGAGUGAAGAACAUCGAUAUUCACCAUCUGUUAGCCUAGAACAAGAUACAGAAAUAAAGAAAAGGGAAAUAUCUGAAGCUGAGGAAGCUGAAAAAUCUAAUCUUAUUUCCUCUAGUAAGUCACAUUCAGUUGCAAUGGACCUCAAAACGUCACCUCCUUUAAGCUAUAGCUCUGCGUCCAGUGAGCAUUCCUGCUUUCCUGACUUGAUGGCCUUCUCUUCAAAGAAGGGGGUGCCAAUAAAGGAUGUUGAGAUCUCUUCUCCCAUAGCAGAUGGUUAUCAUGAGGACUUUGAGUCUUCAGCAGAUUCUUCCCCCAGGGAGGAGCGUCCUAGUUCCAAGCCUACCUCUCAAAUCUCAGUUGCCCCUACCGAGAUCAAGGGUUUGAAAAAGGACUCCCCUAGCAGAGCCACACCGUAUGACAGCCAGGAUGAAGAGGUAGACGAGGAAAUAUCUGAAGAACUGAGUCACCAUUCAGGGACUAGUGGAGUUAGCUGCCAAUCUGGGAGACUGCUUGAUCUUCGUAACCACACAGAAGACUCCAAACAUGACAGCAAGGAUAUUGUUCAUUCCAGCCACUCACCACCAAUCUCUCCUUUGCAUACCCCUCUCUCUCCUGUUAUAGAUGAAAUGCCAAGUUUUAACAUCGGAGAUCGGGUUCUCGUUGGUAGUGUUCAGCCUGGCACUCUGAGAUUUAAAGGUCCAACAAGCUUUGCUAAUGGUUUCUGGGCUGGUGUGGAGUUGGAUAAGUCUGAGGGGAGCAACAACGGCACUUAUGAUGGGGUAGUAUACUUCAAGUGUGAUGAGAGCCACGGUAUCUUUGCUCCUCCAGACAAGAUCACACACCUGCCAGACAAGUUUGAGAUCUACACAGACACCACGGAGGAUGAGGACUCAUUCUGUGAUGGUCUGUCCGAUAAAGAUGGGGAAAAAUGUAAAACAGAUGAGAACAAAUCCCAAAAGCAAGGAAAUCUGAAGAGUGAAAAUGAUCAAACUUCCAAUAAGGUCUGUGAGUCUGGAGAUAAAAAGGUAACAGAAGAGUCUGUUCACAAGAUUGGAUCCCACUUCAAUUUACAGCAUCACAACGAAUCUAAGCAUCCCAUUUCUAAUGGCAACACUAGGGACAUAAUGUUGGAUUUCGAAGAUUCACCAACCACCCUCCUCAUCUCCGACAUGGACAAGAUUGAACAGGGGAAGCAGAGUCGGAAGGAGAUUACUGCCCUUGUUGAGAGAGAAGAGGUAGACUCACACCAGUUUAGUCCUGCUGAUCUUUCCACUGAUAUCAGGGAUGAUAAGGGAGAACCGAAGGACAGAGACUUAAUGGACACAUUUGCAGACAAGCUCCUCAACAACUUUGUAAAAGACACUUUGACACAGUUUGCUGAAAUUAAAAAGGCUAAAGAGCAGAAGAUAGAAGCUGCCAACCAGAUGAAUGGAUACCUGUUUAGUGAAAAUGUUGAACAAGAAGAAUGGUUGUCUUCAGUGCAACAAAAAGAUGGUCUACCCUUCUUCCUACCUGCGGAAAAAGAGGAGCUGUCUUCUCCAGAGCUGUGUAACCGACCGGAGAGUCCGGUGUUGGGGGCCAGCGGUCAGGAGGAGCUCGCCAAACGACUAGCAGAGCUGGAACUUAGCCGUGAACUGCUAGAUGAGCUGGGUCAAGAUCAGGACUGGUUUGAUGAGGACUUUGGCCUUAGCUCCCGUAGAGAACAGCAGAGACUCAAACAGAGAGAGGAAGAGGAGGAGGCGAGGCUGGGGAGGUCUGGCUUAUCAUCAGGUGGGGAACAGCAGGUUAAGACUCCACCUAGACCGGAGCUACCUCUCCCCCUGCCUCCAAAACUACCCGAGCAGCCUGCCAUGGUGGUGCCCCACUCAUCCACAGAGGUUGAGAAGAUGGUCCAUGCUGCCACUAAGGAGAUCUGGGAGAGCUGUUGUCUGGGGAAGGAGGGAGCACUGAUCCUUGCACAACUGCCAAACCCCAAACCUUCACAAGAGUAUCUGGGUAUAGAGGCCAUGAGCCAGGACCAGGAGGCCCUCUGCGUCCGCAGCUACCGAAAGGCUGUGUAUGACCUGACGUGGGAGAUGCUUCAGGAGAUCUAUGCUGAGGACCCUAACGCAGAUCAGCCUCAGUGGGUCAAACCGCGUCGAGUCAAGUCCUCCUUUUUCCACAGAGUCAAGACACCAGGAGACCUCACCAAAAUCCAGGAAUUCAUCUCAGCAGAAGUACUGAAACUGUACGGUCUGACAAAAGAUCAUAGCCAGAAGACUGACUGGCAGAAGAUGCUGAAAUUUGGAAAAAAGAAGCGAGACAGAGUCGAUCACAUUCUGGUUCAGGAACUCCAUGAGGAGGAAGCCCAGUGGGUCAACUACGAUGAGGACGAGCUGUUUGUCAAGAUGCAGCUGGCAGACAGCAUCUUUGAUGCUUUGCUGAAGGACACUGCAAAUGUGCUGACGCUAAUCUAUGAUAAGAGGGCCAAAAGAGAAAGCGCCCUCUCCUGACAGCUUUUCUGCUUAGAUUUUUAAACUACAACUUCUAGCUCAAUCCCAGUCUUUCCCCACCCCCGUAAACUACAGCCGACCAGCGGAUGUGCCAACAGCAACCCUCAGAUGCCUUCAGUCCCAGCAUUACCUCUCAGCUAAACAACUCCUAUUAUUUCCGUGACAUUAAUUUGCUGGAUUUUGCAUCAGCUAGUGGUUAUAUAAUUUGUUCUAAACAUAAAACGCCUCCUUGAGCAAUCCAGCCUUUUUAAACCUUAACACCACCGAGUCUCAGAUCUCACCUCCCGGUCUGGUCCUUUUUGUAAAUACCAGUUGGAGAAUGUGUAGAUGUUUUGAUAGGAUGGAUUGUGCAUUAAUGCUGCUAAAUUGAUCGAUCCAUAGCGGACUGUGAUAUAAAAUCCACCUGGAACUAAAAUAGGUUGUUAU